AUGGCCACCAUACCAAUCAUUGUAAAGCACCAAGGCAAGAAGUAUGAGGUCGAAGUAGAUCCAACCACGAAGGGCGAAGACUUAAAACUGCAGCUCUACUCCUUGACCAAUGUAGAGCCUGAAAGACAAAAGAUUCUGGUAAAAGGUGGUCAGCUCAAAGAUGACGCGGAUCUUUCUAAACUAGGCUUCAAACCAAAUCAAGUUUUGAUGAUGAUGGGCACACCUUCCAGCGACAGCAGUGCGAUUGAGAAGCCCAAAGAGAAGAUAAAAUUCCUGGAGGAUAUGACAGAAGCUGAGGCUGCCCAGUCUGAAGGCGCAAUACCGGCAGGUCUGCAGAAUCUUGGUAAUACGUGCUAUAUGAACUCGACACUGCAAACUCUGCGGUCCAUACCUGAGUUGCAGGAUGAGUUGGCAAAAUACAAGGCGAGCUCUUCGCCAGACGGUCCAUCACCAUUUAGCUUCGCCGGCUCUGCAGGGUUAGGCAGUGUGAUUGACCUCACAGCCAACUUACGAGAUCUUUUCAAGCAGAUGUCCGAAACUCAGGAGGGCUUUCCUCCGCUUGCAUUUUUGAACGCUCUGCGAACAGCAUUUCCGCAGUUUGCGCAGCGCUCGAGAGAAGGACACGGCUAUGCGCAACAGGAUGCAGAGGAGGCAUGGUCGCAAAUUGUAUCGCAGUUACGCGUAAAGCUCAAGCCAAAUGAGACCGCGGGAGGAGAAUCUACCAAGAAUUUUCAGGAUGUUGGCUUCAUUGAUAAGUACAUGGCAGGAAAGUUCGCUACCAGCAUGGAGUGCGACGAUCCAGCGGCGAAGGAGGCAGGAGAAGAGCCCGUCAAGGGCGAAGAUACUUUUCUCAAACUGAAUUGCCACAUCACCGGAGAAAUAAAUCAUUUGAGAGACGGUCUUAUCGCAGGUUUGAGCGAGAAGAUCGAAAAAAAGUCGGAGGUGUUGGGCAGAGAUGCUGUCUACACGAAGACAUCACGCAUAUCACGCUUGCCGAAGUACUUGACAGUUCACUUCAUGCGCUUUGACUGGAGAAAGACAACAAACAAGAAAGCGAAGAUAAUGCGUAAAGUAACAUUUCCACAAGAGCUUGAUGUCGUCGAAUUCUGCUCAGACGACCUCAAGCGUCUGCUAAUUCCUGUGCGCGACAAGAUCCGAGAAAUCAGGAAAGAGAUCGAAGACGACGAGCGCGCGCGCAAGAGGCAGAAACGUAUAAACGCUGGACAAGAAAAUGACGUGAUGUCGGCUACUGAAAGCAAGUCAGCAAAGGAGAAGAAAGAGGAAGAGAAGUCUGGGAAUAAGGCAUCUUCUGGACGAGAUACGGAGAUGCCUGACGUCGAAUAUAAGACGGAUGCUCAAAUCGAAGCUGAGCGCGCUGCGUCAAUACUGGCCGCGAAGAAGGAGCUGCUUGCCAUGGUUGACCCUAAGCUGACUGAAGACAUUGGAAGUAAUCAGACAGGUCUAUAUGAGUUACGAGGUGUCAUCACACACCAAGGUAUCACUGCCGACAGUGGCCACUACACGGCCUUUGUGAAAAAGGCUGCAAGGAAGGAUCCCGUUACGGGCAAGCAAAAAGAGGAAGAUGGCAAAUGGUGGUGGUUCAAUGACGACAAAGUCUCCGAGGUCGAUGCAGACCGCAUCGAGACUUUGUCUGGAGGAGGCCAGGGACACUCAGCGUUAAUUCUGCUGUACCGAGCGGUGCCUCUUCCAGACAUUGAGGAGUAG